AGGGCGCGCGGCUGGGCGGCGCCGGCGCCGCGCCGGAGCGCCCCGAGCUGCCUCCGCGGCUGGAGGAGGCCCUGCUGGACUUCGAGGGCGACUUCCGGGGGCCGUGGCGGGCCCUGGGCCUGGAGGCGGACGCUGUCGGCCUCGAGGUCUCCCAGGAGGAGGUCCGGGCAGCGUACCGGGUGGCUGUGCGCAGCGAGCACCCUGACACCUCCGAGUUCCCCGACGCGGAGGAGCGGUUCCAGCGGGUGCGGAAGGCCUAUGCCCUGCUGUCCGACGACGGGACCAGGGCCCUGCUGGCGGAGGCCCUGGAGCAGGAGGUGCAGAGCUUCGAGGCCCUCGAGCGCGACCUCGCGGAGGAGGAGCCCCCCUCGCGCGGCGGCCUCCGAGCCUGGCAGGGGCUGGCGCUGCUGAGCGCGGGGCUGGCCCUGGCGGCCGGGAGGGGCUUCUCGGAGGGGAGCACCUGCCCGAUCUCAGCUUGGGCUGGGCGGGAGAGCCGCCGCUGCCUCGACGGGCCCUCCUCCGCGCCUCUGGGUCGCCGCCCGGAGCCCCGAGGGCUCGGCGGCCUGGCGGCCCGCCCGCCGGCAG